UCUUUAAACUCAUGUUUUAAUUUCCAGGACAGAUUUCAUCAUUACAGCCAGUCAGGAUGGCCAUGUGAAGUUCUGGAAAAAGAAAGAAGAUGAGGGGGUAGAGUUUGUCAAACACUUCCGCAGUCAUCUGGGUAUGAAUGAUACAUCUGUAUGAAUUCAAAUGUAUCUUAAUGCAACCUCACACUGGGCUUUAGACUGACUGAAAUAUCAUUCAGGGCUUGAAUUCACUGUUCUUCAUCUUCUUCGUGUUACAGGAGUGAUGGAGUGUAUUUCUGUCAGUGCUGAUGGAGCUCUAUUCUGUUCUGUUGGGGACGACCAGGCCAUGAAAGUCUUUGAUGUGGUCAAUUUUGACAUGAUCAACAUGCUCAAGCUGGGGUGAGUUUACAUAUUUAUUUUUUUAGAGGUGAAAGGUCUAGCAAUUUAGCUUGUUGCCUUAAAGCCAAAAGCUAUCCCUUCUCUCUCUCCAAAAGCACCAUGAGUGUUGAUCUGACAUUCCUCUGCUCUGUGUGUCUUGUGUAGUUUCCACCCGGGCCAGUGUGAGUGGAUCUACAACCCAGGCGAUGCCAUCUGCUGCGUGGCCUGCUCAGAGAAAUCCACCGGGAAGAUCUUUGUCUACGACGGACGGGGAAGCAACGAGAAGCUCCAUACCUUUGACAAGAUACACUCCUCUCCGCUGUCCCAGAUCCGCCUCAACCCCAGAUACAGGGUCAUCGUCUCUGCAGACAAGGCUGGAAUGCUGGAGUAUUGGACCGGCCUCCCCAGCGAGUUCAAAUUCCCCCGGCACGUGGACUGGGAGUAUAAGACUGACACAGACUUGUAUGAGUUUGCCAAAAACAAAACCUACCCAACCAGCCUGGCCUUCUCCCACGACGGUAGGAAGAUGGCUACUAUUGCCACCGACAGGAAAGUCAGGAUCUUCCGCUUCCUGACAGGGAAACUGAUGAGGGUGUUUGAUGAGUCGUUAUCGGUAAGUUCCUAACUUUCACAAUCGGGUCUUUACUUUAUUUCACAUUGCUAUUAAUAAACUGUGCUACAUCUUAUAAUCAAGAGAUUUGUUAUUUUCUGUCACAAGAUACUGACAAAUUGGUAGCCUAUUCACUGUUUCCCACAUUUCCCAGUGCAUUUAUCUGAAUUGUGGUAACUUUCUCUCAUUACGGCCCAUCUCUGACCUGGUCCUUUUAGAUGUUCACAGAGCUGCAGCAGAUGAAGCAGCAGCUGCCAGACAUGGAGUUUGGUCGGAGGAUGGCGGUAGAGAGGGAACUGGAGAAGGUGGACGGCAUUAGGCUCACCAACAUCAUCUUUGACGAGACCGGUCACUUCGUCCUCUACGGAACCAUGCUGGGCAUCAAGGUCAUCAAUGUGGAGACCAACAGGUAGCGUUUUAAUGGUCAAAAUGCGCUUCACAGUAAUAUUCUCUAAACGCAGUGGUUGUCAGCCCUGGAGAGCUACAGAGUGAGCAGGCUUUUGUACCAGCCCUGCACUAAAAACCCUAAGUCAAUUUAUCAAGCUCUUGAUGAUAAAUUGAUUAGUUGAAUCAGUUGUUUUUAAGGCUGGACUGAAACAAAAUGUAUUUGUCACCUGUGUGUGUUCAGGUGUGUGCGUAUCCUGGGGAAGCUGGAGAACAUCCGUGUGGUGAAGCUUAGCCUGUUCCAGGGGGUUGCCAAGGCAUGCAACACAGCUCCCACCAUCGAGAUGAAGGCAUCAGACAACCCGGCCCUGCAGAGCACAAAGCCAGACCCCACCAUCUUCUGCACUGCCUUCAAGAAGAACCGCUUCUACAUGGUGAACAUUCAGUCAACUUUAUUUGUCCUUGAAGGGCAAUUGUAGCUCCUGUAAAAGAGAAAUGGUAUAUUACUGUUGCUCCUAUUCUUUGACAUAUUUUCACCCGCAUUCUAUAAUUUCCUCAGCAUUUCUGUCACUACAACUUAAUUUAUCUUCGUAGUUCUCCAAGAGAGAGCCAGAGGACACAAAGAGUGCCGAGUCAGACAGAGAUGUGUUCAACGAGAAGCCGUCUAAGGAGGAGGUGAUGGCUGCUACCCAGGCCGAGGGUCCAAAGAGGGUGUCAGACAGCGCCAUCAUCCACACCACCAUGGGAGACAUCCACAUCAAACUCUUCCCUGUCGAGUAGGUCACCCUCUGUUGUUUUAAAGGACUUCCCUCAAUGCUUCCUUUCUAUUUGCAAUGACAAAGGUUCUGUCUGUUAACUUUCCUCAGAACCUACAGUUUUGCAUUUGAUAUAUUUGAUUGGACAGUUUCACUUAUGUUUAUGGACUACUUUAUGUAUCUCAGGUGUCCCAAAACGGUGGAGAACUUCUGUGUUCACAGCAGGAACGGUUAUUUCAAUGGCCACAUAUUCCACCGCGUCAUCAAGGUAGGACAUUUAAUCACUGCUCAUUGUUUUGAGUUAUAGUAGGAACUUAAUCACAGGAUGUGCUGGACUAUGUUUUGACCGUGUAGUCUUUCCUCUCCACCCAGGGCUUCAUGAUCCAGACAGGGGAUCCUACAGGGACGGGCAUGGGAGGGGAGAGUAUCUGGGGAGGGGAGUUUGAGGAUGAGUUCCAUGCCACACUGAGACACGACCGGCCCUACACCCUCAGUAUGGCCAACGGAGGCCCCGGAACCAACGGAUCACAGUUCUUCAUCACUGUCGUUCCCACGGUAACUAAAGGAUACUGAAGUCCGAUAUUUUACUUUCUCUACAUUCCUGGGGUUGAAGGAAUGUGUUUUAUUAAGUAUUUUACCAAUGUAUAUUUCUGCAUUAUGUACAAAGAUGUUCAAAUAAAUCUAGACCUAAGUUAAUGGCUCUCCCUACUUGUCUUUCAAGCCCUGGCUGGACAACAAGCACACAGUGUUUGGCAGGAGUGCCAAGGGAAUGGAGGUAGUUCAGAGGAUCUCCAACAUCAAAGUCAACCCUAAAACAGACAAACCUUACGAAGACAUCAGCAUCAUUAACAUCACCAUCAAGUAAUCAUGUUUCCAUCUCACCAGUCUGUGUACUAUUAUUACAUUCCUUUUUUACAAAGUAAAGUCUUGGAUUAUUCAAGAAUGCAUCUUGCGGUCUCUCAUUCCAUGUGCCAUCUUUUCUUAGAUGUGAGAAAUGAAUAAACCAGGGUCUUAUUUGGGACCAUUCAGAUAGAAAUGUACUGUGUAGA